AUGCCUAUGCCAAAGCAGGAACAAAGUGCGCACACCAUCUCUCAGAGGCUGAGACAGCUCAAGAAGGUCCCCCCAGAAUUGAUCCCUCUCGGUGUCGUUAUCGGUGCCGGUGUCGGAAUGGCAUUCUUCUCCAUGGGCCGCAAGCUGUGGGUGGACAAGCAGCUGCGUCUGUCGCGCUCCCCAAGCCGGAAGGGGAGGGGGGAUGGAGUACAUAGGGAUGGAUGGUUUUGUAGGUAG